AUGCGUUAUAUCAUCGCCUUUCUUUCUCUUUUGACUCUGGUCAAUGCCCAGUUUGGUGGCUUUUUCGACCAGAUGUUUAAUCAACAAGGCGGACAUGGCCACGAUCGUCACCAACAUCAACCACAGAAUAACCCCAGCGAUGCGAAUCACUACAAGCAAAACUACGAGAGCUCUGUUUGCGAUAAAUACCUCUGCCCUGAUACCCUCGCUUGCGUUCACUUCCCUCACCACUGUCCCUGCGCUUGGGAAGCCCAGCAAGAAAAGGUCGAACUUGCUGAAGGACAACGUAUCUGUGUAUCUCGUGGUGGAUUCCGACCUGGUGAAACGGCGCGAAAGAUUGAGCUUGCACGAAAGGGUCUACUGUGA